GUAGUCCUUGACUUACAACCGGUUGAGUAGUCGUCGCCUUAUGACCGGUUGGGGGGGAGGGGUUGCGGCAUUAAAAAGGUUGAGAACCACUGAUCUAGCUUCUUCUGUUUAUAAAGACAGAUGUUAACCCAAGGUUGAAUCAUUUUAGCUUAAGUCAGUGUAUCCAGUGGUGGGGCUCAAAUAUGUGAACAACCGGUUCUCUGUGUGGAUGCCACUUCUGGAAGUCUUGGCUUGGGCAACAAAAAAAUUAGCUACUGGUUCUGCUGAAAUGGUGCGAACCAGCUGAAUCCCACCACUGAGUAUAUCUCAAUCUUGGCAAAUUUAAGCUCUGUGGAGUUCAACUCCCAAAAUUCACUAACCUGCAUUCUACUCUUCUUCUGUUCCUACUUAUGGAUUUUCUGAAAGCAUCUAGUUGGCCAGGGUGAGAAGCAGAAGUGCUGGUUUAAAGUGUUAUGUUGUAUCCCCUAAACCUCCAUCUAAGCAACAGCUGAGUGCCUUGCUAAAUUCUUCACCUCUUAGAAGCAGUGUGAACAGCAGUCCACAAAUGGACUAUGGGGGGGGGGGUAAAUGCACAAAGCAGGCACACAAAGAAGCACUGAAGGAUCAGUGGAAGACUUGUUUAGAGUUCUACAGCACUUACAUGCAGCAGAAACAUUUAGUUGGCAGGAUUCAAUCAAACCUCUUUCAACUUCUCUGAGAAAGAAAAAGGAAGUUCUAAACAGAUACACAGAAUAAUAUCACAGUUUACCAUAGCAGCGGCUGACCCUUAAACAAAGCUAUUCCAUCUUUCAUUCAGGAUCUCCGUUCUCUCCCACACCGCCUGCAUUUUAGAUCCCGCCUCUUUUAUCUGCUGGCUAGCUUGCUGCCUCCAGAACUCAUCUUUAAAGCUUGCUUAGAAGCAAAGUCGAUCUUCUUAAGACAUUGACAAAGAGGGUGGCACUCCAGCCAGGUUGUGCCAUUGCAUAAAGACAUGGAAGGAAUCCAUCAGCUUUCUACUUAGACAAGAAUCUCCAAUUGUUCCAUUUUGAUUUGUUCAUCUCUGUUUCAUGCCUGGUGCAACUAGGAGGAUAUCUGGAAUCAGACAAGCUUUUGACAAAAUCGAUCCAUUUUGCCAAUCAUCCAGGAGCUUAGAGGAGAGGUGCAUCCAGAUGGAAAUCCAGAAUCUCAGAAUCCCUCGAUGUAGAUGAGCACAAAUGUGUUUUUUAUAUCCUUGCUUUGGACCUUCUGCAGAUAUUUAGGAUCUUCGGAGCACGCACUUUGGGAGAGCAUGACCUAGCAGCCUGCAAUUCUGAAAAACUGAGCUGCUGCAACUCUUUUUGAGUUGUUUCAGUACUCUGCAAGUUGUGAAGUUUCUGGAAAAGGAUCAGUGUGGAUUUUGGAUUCUAUACGUUGACCACAGAAGAAUGAUGAUAGUUAGUAGGUAGGACAUAAGUCUCCUAAGAUAUUCCUGAGCCAGUAUAAUCUACCUUAGGCUUUCCCCCCAAAGCAUAUCAAACAUUCAAGGAGAGGAAACUUCAGUCUAAAAAGAAGCAAUUUGGUUCUGGUGUCUGGAUCUACCCAACAAUUGGGACAUUUUGCUCUGAAAAAGUUGGAGAGGCAAAAGGCUCAGUCAAUCCAUUUUGUUGCUAACUCUGCUCUUGCAAAUGCGCUUCUAGAGCAACUUCUGCGCCAGCUGGAACUGUCCAAGGUGCUGAAAUUAGCUGCCAUUGAGCAGAUCACCACCCUUUUUGCAAGCAGAUGAACCAUUCUGAGAACAAAUAAAGCUGAGAAGUCCAUGGUUCAGCUGGGAAAAUAAAGAGGAAUAUGGUAGAGGGAGCAUCCAUCUCUGACUUCAACUUCUUUCUGAACAAUUCAGCCUGCGCUGCAGAGUUGUGUGCUAAUGGCUCGGAGCCACCCACUGCCCCAUAUUUGGUGGAUGCCUGGCUGGUCCCACUCUGUUUUGCCAUUCUGAUGUUGGUUGGGCUACUGGGCAACUCUCUGGUAAUCUACGUCAUCAUCAGACACAAGUCAAUGAGGACAGUGACCAACUACUACAUUGCCAACCUGGCUACCACCGACAUCAUUUUCCUGGUUUGUUGCGUUCCCUUCACUGCAAUGCUGUAUCCGCUUCCAGGCUGGAUCUUUGGAGAAUUCCUAUGUAAAUUUGUCAACUACAUCCAACAGGUCUCGGUGCAGGCGACCUGUGUCACCCUGACGGCCAUGGGCGUGGACCGGUGGUAUGUGACUGUCUUUCCACUUCGAUCCUUGCGACAGCGCACGCCACGAGUUGCUGCAACCGUCAGCAUCAGCAUUUGGGUUGGUUCCUUCCUUGUCUCCAUCCCGGUGCUGAUUUACAACCAGCUGGUAGAAGGCUAUUGGUUUGGUCCGCAGACAUUCUGCAGCGAGUCCUUCCCCUCCAUCUACUACGAAAGAGCCUUUAUCCUGUACAACUUUUUAGCGGUUUACCUCCUCCCUUUAUUGACCAUCCUCGUCUGCUAUAGUGCCAUGCUUUACCAGAUGGGACACCCCACUGUGGCGCCAGCUGAUAACCAUGCCCAGGUACAGCAGCUGUCAGAAUUCUCUGAAGCUUUGCGAGCCAAGAUCUCUCGUAUGGUGGCCAUCAUCAUUGCUCUUUUCACCAUCUGCUGGGGUCCGGUGCAGCUUCUGAUCCUCUUCCAAGCCUUUGACUCCAGCUUUCAGUACAAUUAUUAUACCUAUAAGGUGAAGAUUUGGGCUCACUGCAUGUCCUAUGCCAAUUCUUCCCUCAACCCCAUUGUCUAUGCCUUCAUGGGCACUAAUUUUCGGAAGGCCUUCAAGAAAGUUUUCCCACUGGCCUUCAAGAAGAGGGUGGGUGAUCGCAACAUCACUGCCCAAGCCCAUCUCAACACCGAGAUGCAGUUUGUCUCAUCAGGAAUGCAGGUCUAAAAUAAGUGUCUUUCCUAUACAGGUAGCCCUUGACUUACAACCAUUUGUUUAGUGAACAUUCGAA